AACAUAUAUAUGUACAUAUAACAUAUCAAUCUGUUUUACUCAGUUGGAUCUACAUGUACAUGUGAAAUUCAUCUGUCCAUAUAUAUGUGCACGCCUUUCUUACAAUGUAGGUAUGAUGGCCAGAGAUAGCCGGGGUAAACCCGUAAUAAAGGAGAGAAGUUCAACAAACCAUCGCAAAGAUUCUGGAGAAAGAAAAGCAGAAAUCAGCGUGAGAAAGCGAAGCCGCUCAAAUCCAGAAAACGUCAUACAAGAUGGAUCACAUCCGGGUAAUGCACGCCGUCAGCUAAGGGUGGUAACUCGUAAUAACUCGGUAGCGGGAACGAAUGACACGCUUGUAAUACAACUGCACGAAGAGUCCACUGCUACAAACACCAGAAGUGGGGCGUUAAAAGAACGACAGGAGAUGUCCCACAAAACACCACAGAGCAGUUUAAAUCAGGUGACACAAAACUCAAGUGGUGCAGUGCAAUGGAAUGGUAAUGUGAAACAGAUCGCCCGGGCCAAUCCCGAGAGGAGGGCCCUCCCAAAAAUCAUAGUAGAAAAAUCUAACCAUGAACAACAGUUUGAAGAGAAAAGCAAAAAAAGUAGAGUGAUAGAAAGGACAACAAAUAACAGAAGUGAAACUGUUCCCAAAUCGAGUUUUGCUAAACAAGAAAAGAAAGAGUCGGCAUCCAAACUUCCGGUACUCCAAAAUACCCGGAUGCAUCUAAGAUCUGGUGAAAAGGAGACUAAAAUUACAUCUUCUUGUUCUAGUGAAAGAAAAUCUUCUAUUACCCCUUGCAAAAGUUUAGAUAAACGAGAUAUCAAAGUGCCUGAUGAUUACAUGGAAAUCAAGCUAUCGUCAUCACACAGUUUACAGCGGAAGUCUUCUUCCAACAAAUCUUUGAAGAUACCAAGUAAGGAGUCUGCACAAACCUUGUCUGCGGCCAAAGAAUUGCCGAGUGAAAAGCGACUAAAGAAAAAAGUCACCAAUGCAGAACAACCCACAGCGAAACCAAGCUAUGGAGUGCGCAGUGUAGGAAGACAGAGCGGACCGGAAGCCGUCAACCCUCCGGAACAGGAACAGGAAGGGGCUAAAAACUGCUCAUGUUUGUACUCCCGGACUGUGGGCAGUAAUAACCAAAACUCCGGCAACGCGUUGGUCAUUGAUCGCACUAACCGUGGUAGAACAGAGAUCGGCAGUGAUACUGAACUCACAGGGAGGGUGGGGGAUCUCGGUAUGAUAGAAGAGUCAACAGGAAGUCCGGAUCAGUCGCUCUCAACCCCUGACAGUCCAGCAGAGAAACCGAAUUCGGAACAAAAAGUCGAGAGAACAUGCCAAAGAGAAUGGAAAAGACGUCCUAAGAAGCAAUCCGAAUCACAGAGCUCUUAUUCAACUCGUUACAAAGAAGACGACAUUUUAGAAGGGUAUCCCGAGCCUGACUUGUCAUCUUCUUUCUGGAUUCCAUUGGAUAAUGAGGACCUAUCAAAGGUUGCAAACCACGUCCUUAAGGCAACUCCUAAAGAUGCCGAGAGUUUCGAAUCGCUGCUGAAGUACCUGUGCCAUGAUCUCAAAUCCAGUUUGUCGCGUGUUCGCGCCAUUUACUGCUGGAUAGUUAGCCAGCGACUUCCGGUGAUUGAUGACGUAAAAGACCUUCCGUCACACGAAUCUCCGCUAGGAAUUCUGUACCUGAUUACACAGGGAAUAAAGUCUUACUCCGAAAUGUUCUGUAAAAUGUGCAGGUUUGUUGACAUACCCUGCGUAGUGAUACAUGGGCUAAGCAAAGGCGUGAUGUAUAACGUUGGUGACGUCAUGAGCAAAGAUAGACACGGAAAUUCAUGGAACGCGGUAUACGUUGAGGAGACCUGGCGCUUCGUCCAUUGUCACUGGGCAUCUAGGUCAGCGAGGGGAUACAAUUCAGGAGAGUGGGUUACUGUUGACUGUCCAGAAUUCCGUACUGAUGAAAUAGAGGGGGAGAGUCGAUCUUAUAUCGUCAGUUCUCUCAUAAAUGACUAUUACUUUUUCACUGACCCCUCAAUUUUUAUAAACAAGUGCUUUCCAUUCGAUGAUCGGUGGCAGUUGUUAUUGCAAAAAUUAUCAAAAGACGAAUUUGAAAUGCGUCCUUUUUUGCAACCAGCUUUUUAUGCAUUAAAUCUAAAGCUAGUGGACGAAACGCUUUCAUGUGUUGUGUACACUAACGAUAAGUAUGUUCUACAAAUCAAAAUGCCGUUCAAAAGUCGAACCAGGCUGCGAUUUUCCUACAACUUGUAUCGUCUGCGGAACUCUCUGGACGAGGGAGAAUACGACUAUCCUAGCUUGGAGAAGUUCACCCUCCAUUACUGCAUAAAAGACACGGCUUUCUUUGAAAUCAGAUUCCCCCCGAUUUCCGCAGGCGAAUACAAACUCCAGAUAUUUUGCCGUGACAAUCAAGUGUGUCUUCCGUCCGAAUGGAUAUGCGAUUUUAAAAUCGUCUGCAAGAAAGGAAUGGAAAUCAGUAUCCCACUUCCGGUCGUACCACGGAUAGGAUGGGGAAUUAACCCAGAACUAGCAAAACACCACAUAACCGCUGUUUCGCACACAGACGGUCUUUAUUCGUUAGACGACGGGGUCAUUAGGUUUGAAUUCGUCUUUCCAGGAAAAACUGAACCACAUGCUGAGUUACUGAAGCAUAAAAGCACCAGGUCGGAGUUUGCAGACUACGUCACAAUAGAGAAAAAUGGAGCAAAUGUUUCUAUAACCGUCGAGCCGCCAUGUUCGGGAGAAUUCGCUUUGCAGAUUUUCUGUCGACAGGAAAGGUCUCAAAAUCACGUCAACGUCUGCAACUAUCUCCUGAAACGAACUCUGUUUGCUGAGUCAAAGGCUCAUGCUGAAGUCCGGAGAAAUCUCGCUACAGCACUGUUACGGAACGACUUGUCUCUAGAGGAACUCUCGGAAGUCUUGGAGAGCUUUAACAGACUCGGCGUUGCAGACAAUGGAGAGGUGGAAACUGCUAGAAAGAAAAUCGGACAGCUGCAGCUCAGAGAAGACCUCCUCGCAGCCAUCAAAUGUAGAAGCUUGGACAAACUAGAGAAGGCCCUUCAGAGCGUGAGGGCGUGUCCACCGUCCUGUGGGGUGGACUUGGGGGACAAUGUCAGUAAGGGAGAGAAGCUGCUGGUCCAUCUGAAGAGACUGAGGCGCCUGCGCGCGGCUGUUCUAGAGAUGGACUCGCAAACGAUCGCCGAACUCCGCAGUUACACCAAACCCCCUCUGGCAGUUCAUGGGGUCAUGGUGGCUACGUAUAUCCUUCUUGGGGUCAAGGAGAAGGAGUUACAGCAUUGGUUUGGGGUACAGAAUCUGAUCGGUAAGACAGGCAGGGAAGCUCUGAAGAAACGAGUGGAGAGCUUUAAUAUGAGGGGUGUGCCGCCUGAGGCCCUACACAGGGCCAAGGAGAUCCUGGACCAGUACGACCUGUCCAUCGUCCAGGAUGCCAGCGCAGGCGCAGCCACCUUCUACCUGUGGGUAAGGCUAAUCAACCAUCAGGGGUCCAAUUAAUCUAGUCUCUGACUCUCAUAGUCUGAAAACUAAGGUCAGCUGCGCAUACAUGUACGCUUACUGACCGUGGGUCAAACAUUUAUCUAAGAAUGUGUGUCAACUCGCUGCAUUUCAUUCGUUCUGUAGUAGUUGGGCUAUGUGGACCGUGGAUAUCGGACUGGGUAGCUCGGUGUUAGAGCUCCUGACUAGAGUUACAGCGGUCCCGGGUACGAUUCCCGGUCCAGCCAUAUGUUUUCAAUAUCCGUCCAUUCCUAUUACAUUUGGUGCCGUGACCUACCCCUGGAACUAACAGGUUUGCUCCUGCCAGGGGAAGAACCUGGGGUGAUCUUUGAGGGCGAAUAUCAUUUAAGGAGGGAGGAAUGUAGUAGUUGGGGCUAUAUGGACCGGGGAUAUCGGCCUGGGUAGCUCAGUGGUAGAGAUCCUUACUAGAUUUUCAG